AUGCCUCAUGUUGAGCAACAGACCAUGAAGGCGGCGAUGUACUACGGCCCGCACGACUUGCGCAUCGAGGAGGUCGCGAAGCCGGUCCCGAGAGAGGGAGAGGUGCUCGUCAAGGUCGCUUGGUGCGGGAUUUGCGGCACGGCCGGCCCCAUCCUCGUGCCCAACAAGCAACCGCAUCCCAUUACCCGCUCCUCGCUUUCGCAAGGUCCUGUCCGCCUCGGACACGAAUUCUCGGGAACGGUCGAGGAGGUCGGACCGGGCGUCGAGGGCGACUGGAAGAUGGGCGACAGGGUCGUCAUCGAGGCAGUCAUCUCCUGCCACAAGUGCUACGCCUGCAGGAGCGGGUGCAACAACGCCUGUACCUCCCUCGGUUUCGUCGGCCUCUCCGGUCCAUCAGGCGGUCUCGCAGAGUACUUCUCGUCGCCCGCGUCGUUCCUCCACCGUCUCCCGCCCAACGUCUCGCUCAAAGCAGGCGCGAUGUGCGAGCCUCUCGCUGUCGCCAUCCACGCCGUCAAGCGCGCGGGCUUUGAGAAGGGGAUGAAGGUGUUGGUGUGCGGGGCGGGACCAAUUGGAGUGUUCCUGACGGUUGUGCUGAAGGCGAUGGGCGCUGACCUGAUCGUGGUCUCCGAACCCUCGACGACCCGACGCAAAUUCGCCACGCUCGCCGGUGCAACCCAGACCGUCUCGCCCCUCGAAGACCCCGGCAAUCUCCUCUCCUCCCUUCGCGCCAUGACGGGCGAGAACGAAGGCUUCGACAUCGCCUUCGAAGCCGCAGGCGUCGAGUCCGCCCUCGCCCUCGCCAUCUCAGCAGUCCGCACGCGCGGAGUUGUGCUGAACGUCAGCGUCUGGAGCAAGGAGCCGAAGAUUGACAUGAACCAGCUCGUGUUCGGGGAGAAGAGCAUUCGCGGUGCGAGUUGUUAUUUCGAGGAUCAUCCCGAGGUGAUGAGGGCGCUCGGGGCGGAGGAGAUCAAGCUCGACCAAUAUGUGACGAGCACCAUCCCGCUCGACCAGCUCAUCGAAGGCGGCUUCGAGCAGCUCCUCCGCAACGCCGAAAACCACGUCAAGAUCCUCGUCUCGCCAAGCGGGAACCUCGACCAGCCGUUCUGA